AUGAUGGACUGGACGGUGAGCAGGGCCUUGGUUUGGUGUGUGUUGCUUUACUACGUUGCUUCGCCACUCAAGGUGUUUUGCAGCGCCAGCACAGUUUCGCUCCCUGAAAGCUUGCUGUUUGUGUCCACGUUGGAUGGAAAUCUGCAUGCCGUGAGCAAGAAAUCGGGCUCAAUUAAAUGGACGCUGAAAGAAGAUCCAGUUCUUCAGGUCCCCACGCAUGUUGCAGAGCCAGCCUUUUUGCCAGAUCCCAAUGACGGAAGUUUGUAUUCUCUGGGUGGAAAGAACAACGAAGGACUUACAAAAUUACCAUUCACUAUUCCUGAGUUGGUGCAAGCAUCUCCCUGCCGCAGUUCGGAUGGGAUCCUUUACAUGGGUAAGAAGCAGGACCUCUGGCAUGUGGUGGAUUUGUUGACUGGGGAGAAGCAGCAGACGCUAACGUCAUCAUUCGCCGACAUGCUGUGUCCUUCCUCAUCUUUGCUCUAUUUGGGACGCACAGAAUACACCAUCACAAUGUAUGACACCAAAAGCCGAGAGUUGCGCUGGAACGCCACAUAUUUGGACUACGCCUCCACACUUCCUGAUGAUGACACCAAAUACAAAAUGGCCCAUUUUGUUUCGAACGGCGACGGCCUAGUGGUGACGGUGGACAGCGAAUCCGGCGACGUCCUCUGGGUCCAGAACUACAAUUCCCCUGUGGUAGCUAUCUACAUCUGGCAGCAUGAGGGCCUUCGCAAAGUGGCCCACACGAACGUAGCGGUGGAAACACUACGCUACCUUACGUUCAUGUCUGGAGAGGUGGGCCGUAUCACCCAGUGGAAGUACCCCUUCCCCAAGGAGAAGAAGACUGAUAAUAAGUUAAUGGACACUCUGUAUGUGGGUAAAUACUCCACCAGCUUGUAUGCCUCACCCUCCCUGGUGCAUGAUGGAGUCACAGUAGUGCCUCGAGGCAGCACCUUCCCCAUGCUGGAAGGUCCAGACGGGCAGGAGACGGACGAGGACAAAGAGUGCGUCAUCACGCCCAGCACCAGCGUCAAGUUCAACUCUGCUCUCCGUGAGCGAAACCGCAUCAACUUCAUGCGCAACUACCUGCUACUCAUCGGUCAUCACGAGACGCCUCCUGAAGCCCACCACAAGAUCCUGGAAAGAUUCCCUGACAGCCUUCCUCGUAACCAGGGCAACGUCAUUCCGCCGACCAGAAACAAGAAAGCUGAGGAGCAGGUGGAAAAGGUGGUCAUGGAUGAUAUUCCGCCUUCUCCUAUGCCUGAAAUAUCAAUCCAAGAACCAGGACUCAGUGGUCGGACUGUGCGCCCAGAGGCCCCAGUGGACUCUAUGCUGAAAGACAUGGCCACUGUCAUUUUUUCCACUUUCCUGUUGGCAGGCUGGGUGGCUUUUAUGAUCACUUACCCCAAGAGUGUCCACAAGCAGCAGCAGCUGCAGCACCAAGAGUUCCAAAAACAAAUGGAAGAGAGGUUGGAGAUGCUCCAAAAGCAGCAGCCGUUUCCCAAUGUGGACAUGUCACUUCCCCUUGUCCCGGAUGGUGACUACCUUGAAGUGGCGCACAAUCGCUCGGAAUGCUCAGAACACAGCAGCCCGAACAUCACACCCCGUGCGUCCAACCAUUCAAAUCUUUCAGUUUCGGAACUAGGCAGCUCUGCCAACGAACACGAGGACGGAGACGACGACUCUAACAUUGUCAGAGUGGGCAACAUAACAUUCCAUCCGAAACAAGUUUUGGGCCAUGGUGCUGAAGGCACUAUUGUGUACAAGGGUCAGUUUGACAACCGUCCAGUCGCGGUGAAAAGAAUUCUCCCAGAGUGCUUCAGCUUCGCAGAUCGCGAAGUUCAGCUGCUGAGAGAGUCUGACGAGCACCCAAACGUGAUCCGGUAUUUCUGCACGGAGAGGGAUCGCCAGUUCCAAUAUAUUGCCAUUGAACUGUGUGCUGCCUCUCUUCAAGAGUAUGUUGAGAAGAAGGAUUUUGAUCGUCACGGACUAGAACCGGUUAUGCUGCUUCAGCAGGCUAUGUCGGGAUUAGCCCAUUUACACUCACUCAACAUAGUUCACAGAGACUUAAAACCUCACAACAUCCUGGUGUCCAUGCCCAACGCCCACGGUAGGGUCCGGGCCAUGAUUUCUGACUUUGGCCUGUGCAAGAAGUUAGCGGUGGGCCGCCACAGCUUCAGCAGAAGGUCAGGGGUGCCGGGGACGGAGGGCUGGAUCGCUCCUGAGGUGCUCAGCGAGGACUGCAAAAACAACCCGACCUGUGCUGUUGAUAUCUUCUCUGCCGGAUGCGUAUUCUACUACGUUGUGUCACAAGCCUGCCACCCGUUUGGUAAAUCCCUGCAGAGGCAAGCCAACAUCCUUUUGGGAACAUACAGUUUAGACCAUCUGCAAACCGACAAACAUAGUGACAUUGUAGCCCGAGACAUAAUCGAGCAGAUGUUGAGCAUGGAGCCUCAUUUGAGGCCUACAGCAGAAUGUGUCCUCAAACACCCUUUCUUCUGGAGUCUGGAGAAGGAACUGCAGUUUUUCCAGGACGUGAGUGACAGAAUCGAGAAGGAACCGCUGGACGGACCAAUCGUGAGACAGCUGGAGCGAGGAGGGAGGGCUGUGGUCAAGAGUGACUGGAGGCAACAUAUCACAGUGCCACUGCAGACAGACCUGCGGAAAUUUCGCUCCUAUAAAGGCGGCUCAGUUAGAGACCUCCUUCGUGCAAUGAGGAACAAGAAACAUCAUUACAGGGAGUUGCCUGCAGAAGUCCAGGAGACAUUGGGCUCCAUCCCCGACGACUUUGUUUCCUACUUCACUUCACGUUUCCCCCACCUGCUAAUGCACACAUACCUGGCUAUUCGGACCUGCGUCACAGAGAGGCUUUUCCUGCCUUACUAUUCCAAAAUGACUAAAGUGGACUACACGCCACUAACACAAAAAACGCCAACGGACAUGCCAGAACCACAAAAAUCCACAGAUUCGUCAGAAAACACAUCACCACAUGAGCUCGCUGGUUCUUUAGACCCGCCUGCCGAGACUGCUGAAGCAUCGCCGUCAAAAUUAAACUGUCACACGCUCGCUUCAGAGACACCGGCGUCCAUUCUCAGGAUAAACGGUUUCAGCCUGUCAGAUGUGCACACAGCGGAUAGCACGGCAGUGUGA